CGCCGGCGGGAGGCAGCCGGGCGAUCAUGGCUGCUGCCGGCUGGCGCCUGGCGCGCGGCUGCAGCUAGGCGCCCGGGAUGGAGCCGGGCGGGCUCGGGGGCCCGGCCGAGUGGACGCGGCUCCUGCGGAAGCUCAAGCAGGUCUUCGACGCGUGCGCCGAGGGUGCGGCCGGCUUCAUCCGCGUGGAGCAUUUCGUCGCCCUGGGGCUGCAGUUCGGCCACGGGGACGAGGCAUGGAACCAACUCUCAGAAGAAGUUCGUAAAGCCACUCGCCUGUCCUUUUACAAAUCACUCCUUGAGUCUCAUUUCUGCUGUGACGCCUACCGAAUACUGCCACUUGCUAACAGUGAGGCAGAUGGUGGAAAAAUUGGCUAAAUACUUGGACCCAAAUGACCUGGGAAGAAUCAACUUCAAGGAUUUUUGUCAUGGAGUUUUUGCUAUCAAAGGCUGUGAAGAGUUACUGAAGGAUGUGCUGGCUGUCGAAAACCCUGGGUGUCGGCACUAUGAGCCGCAGUAUGUGGAUUACUACUACCAGGGUAGCGAAAUCCAGGACGGUGCCUAUUUGGACGGUGAAAGUGUGUACAGUGAGUCCGAGCUGUUUCCUGAUGAAGACACAAUGACCCUGGCCCAGCAAGAGGUCCACCAUGAGUCCGACAUGGACAGUGCCAUCGAGAGUGUGCAGAGCUCUGAGGCAUCCGAUGUGUGUGGCAGUGAAGAGAAGGACAGCAUGCUCAGUGGACUCUUUCUGCCUGUAGACAAGUCAAGUCCUCACAACCCCUCUGACCUCUCCACCUAUUCCACCGCCUCUCUGAUCAGUAAUGAGGAACAAUUUGAAGACUAUGGGGAAGGAGACGAUGUAGAUUUUACUCCCAGCAGUCCAUGCCCUGAUGAUGAGACCAGAACCAACGCCUACUCUGACCUUGGCUCAUCUGUGUCUUCCAGUGCUGGGCAAACGCCAAGGAAAAUGAGGCACGUUUAUAACAGCGAGUUACUGGACGUCUACUGCUCGCAGUGCUGCAAAAAAAUAAACCUGCUUAAUGAUUUGGAAGCGAGGCUGAAAAACUUGAAAGCAAACAGCCCCAACCGAAAAAUCUCAAGCACAGCUUUUGGAAGACAACUCUUCCACAGCAGUAAUUUCAGCAGCAGCAAUGGCAGCACAGAGGACUUGUUCCGAGACAGCAUAGACUCAUGUGAUAAUGAUAUCACAGAAAAGGUCACUUAUUUAGAAAAAAAGGUGACCGAACUGGAAAAUGAUAACAUGACAAACGGAGACCUGAAGAGCAAACUGAAACAGGAGAACACGCAGCUAGUUCACAGAGUUAAUGAACUAGAAGAACUCUUGAAAGACCAAGAGACGUCAGCUGAACAAACGCUGGAAGAAGAAAUAAAACGGCACAGAGAAGCAUACAGCAAGUAUGAAAAAGAAAAGGGCACUGAAAUUGAACUGCUAAAUACAAGGGUUCAACAGCUUGAAGAAGAAAAUGGUGAACUCAAAACCACUGUUACGCGACUGAAAUCGCAAACAGAGAAACUAGAUGAGGAGAGGCAACGCAUGUCGGAUAGGUUAGAAGACACCAGUCUGCGGCUGAAGGACGAGAUGGACUUGUACAAAAGGAUGAUGGACAAACUGCGACAGAACAGACUAGAGUUUAACAAGGAGAGGGAAGCUACUCAGGAGCUCAUUGAGGACUUGCGAAAGGAACUGGAGCACCUGCAGCUGUACAAACUAGAUUGCGAGCGCCCUGGCCGGGGGAGAAGCUCCUCGUCUAGUGUGAGUGAAUUCAAUGCAAGAACAAGGGAAGUGGAAAUGGAGCAUGAAAUUAAACGACUAAAGCAGGAGAAUCAGAAACUUCGAGACCAGAAUGAUGACCUUAAUGGACAGAUCCUAAGUCUUAGUCUUUAUGAAGCUAAGAAUCUCUUUGCAACACAGACAAAAGCCCAAUCACUGGCUGCUGAAAUCGACUCUGCAUCAAGAGAUGAGCUCAUGGAAGCUCUUAAAGAACAGGAGGAAAUAAACUACAGAUUGCGACAGUAUAUGGACAAGAUUAUUUUGGCCAUCCUAGACCACAACCCAUCUAUCCUGGAAAUAAAAAAUUGAAGGACAAAAAAAGCAAUUGCCUGAUAUUUCUGCACAUGCCACUGGAUCUAAACAUCACUCUGAUACUGUAAAUGAUUCUAUAUAUAUCUUAUGUGUGAAUGUGGGUGCGUGGGUAUGUUUAUAUGAUGUCUGGUACACUUCUCUGUGAGUCAUCAAAUCAGCUUGAUUCAUUUUUUUCAUGCACUUUCAAUAUCUGUGACAAGAUCACUACUAUAUAUUAAUGUAAUAACAAUAUAACUGGAUCACGCUGUUUUAGCUACUGGACAUAAUGACUCUACCUCUGGUGGUAAGGGUGAAAUACAGUGGACACAUAUGGAUGUCUCCCCUCCCUUUAAGAACAAGAAUUACUCUUUCAUUCUUUCAAAUGAAUGAGGGUACUCCCAAAAAUUUGACACAUCCAGGUUUGAUUCCUGUCUGGUGCUGACUAAAUCACACUCUAUUGAAUUUAGCUUUGCCAGAGCUUUACUACUGAAACCACAGAGUUAAAAAUAAACCUUUGGCCAAACCUGUGCUUUUUUAAAAAAUGAAUAUCUGGGGGGGAUGAAGAUCAAACUGCAGAAUUGUUAAUAUCCAUGUAAAAACACCAUCCACUUGUUUGCCACUGUCAGCAAAAAGUGCUUUUAAUAUGAAGGCCACAUAUCAAAGUUCAGGAUGAUUGCCAGUCUGUCUAGUGUGUGCAUGUGUAUGUGUUGUGCCUGGGUCCCUAUAGCAUUGAGGCAUUGCAAUGUAUACCCUUAUUUUCAGGGGUUUAUCACUGGGCCAUUUAAAAUUAAUUCUGGGAUCCAACUCCUCUGCAUUUGAAGGCUUCAACCAGGGAACACAUUCUGUUUUAAAUGUUACUGACUGCAUGCAAAUCCACUUCAUUAUUUUAAAGAAACUUUAACUUAAAUAGCUCAAUUCCCUUCCCCACAACCAAAGCACACUGUUGCACUCCUAUGAGAGAGAGAGAGCUGGGGGAGGGGGGGCAUGGAAGAGAGAAUGGUGGGGUCCUCCUACAGUUUUGCAGUUGGUUAAUCCCUGAUGUAAACUAAUUUAAUCUUUGAGCGGUUAAAAGUAAAAAUCACACUUAAGACACCAAGUAAUGUGCAGCAUGUUCCACCCCCAACCCCACUAUUUCACAAGAGCUUGCAUUCAUCACCCAAAUUACCCAUCCCAAAUGCAUCUCCUGUCUGAAUGCACACAUUCAUAUGCUCUGAAUCGGGAAAGUACAUAAGCAUGUGCUUAACUUUGAGCAUAUACUGUACUUAGGUCCCAUUUGGAGUUAAGGAUACACUUAAAGUUAAGCACUUUCAUAAGUACUGUCCUGUCUAGGGAUGGGUUUAAACACCAUUUAUGUGCUUCCUGAAUUGGGUCCAUUUCUUGUAGAAUUAGGACCUUUUAGCUAAAAGUAGAAUCAGCUUGAAGUUAAAUGCUGGGAAAUUUUAUUCCAAGCACUAAACAUUUUGUUUAAAAAAUUUUUUUUUACACAUUUUUUAAAAAACCCAAAAAACAAACAAACCAAAAAAAAAAAAAACACAGGUGGGGAGGAAAAAAUCCACCCUUUCUUUCAUACCAAUUGGCACAAGCAGGGAAACUCUCUGGUCGAUUUCUCUGUAAUCAAAUAUCUGGCUUUGCCUACGUGCAUAGAGAUGUGUUCUUGUUUAUUUUAACACGCUCCUUGGAAAUGGACUGUUGCAGUAGAUCUGACUGACUUUCUGUAUAUACUUGUUGGCAGUUUGUCUCACACCUACCAUUGUCUUUGUGUAUUUUUGUUUGUGUAUGUAAUGCAUUUUUCCAUAUUCUGAAUACCUACAGCAUGUAUUCUAUUACUGAUGUAAAUAUAUAUAUAUAAUAUAUUUUUUUUUCUGCAGCUGCUAUAAUCUUGCCUUCAGUGAUAUUUUAUUGGAGUAAUGGGCAGGUGUGGGGAAGCACUGAAAAUUGUCUGUCUUGAAGGCAAGACAAUAAAACCAAUUCAGUUAUUUAUUUGAAUCCGUUAUUUAAGCUCUAGGUAGGGCCACAGGACUGGAGGAGAGCUAAUGAUGAAAAUGUAAUUGUCCUUUUCAGGCCUGGGUGAACCGUAUAAGGGCUCAUCUCCACUGGAAAAAUGUUAUUUUGGUGCUUAACAUUAAACACUUAAGGAUAGAGUCUUAGCAGAGGAGAUUAGGAAGAAGGUGUCUCUAAGCCACCCUUUUGCUCCCCUGAUUUUUGGAGCAGCCAGAGGGAAGUCCACUGAGUCCAGAGUAACGAUGCUAAAUUACACGGGCUCCAGCGGUCUUACACUGGUUCCAUCCAUAGGAGAUCAGGCAGAGCAUCAUCCCCUUCCCCUAUAAGGGGGCUGAUGGGGCAACUGAUGAAGUUGAAACAGCUGUGUCUGCUUAAUUCUACCCAAGGACUUCCCUCUAGUGGAAAGAUCCUUAGCUGUGCUUCAGCACUGAAGUUUCCACUUGCUUUGUGCUGCCUCUUAAGUCUGUGCCAUAAAUCUGGCCCUCUGCAUAGACAUGGACUAUCCUGUGUUUUUAAAAUCAUGUGAGCUGACCAUAAUUAACCUUAAGGUGUGAUCUAGGUUUAGGUGGCCCUUGAGGUAAACUACAACCAGCAGAUGCAAUACAAGACCUGAUGGUCCUUGUCUGUAAAUGUGCUAAGGUGCAUUUUUUUACCAUUCUAAAGCAAUGAAGUUUGCCGGUGUAGAUGAGGCUACUGCUGUUUCAGAUUGGAAAAUGUUUCCUUAUUUAAAUAUUAGGGGAAAUACUCAGGUUUUCAAACAUUUAUUUAAAAGAAAAAUGAAGUCCAACAUUCAGAAUUUUGUAGUAUAACACUUUAAAAGCCUUUAUUAGAGCGGGACAGUCAAUUGAUGGUUUGAGUAAAGAGUGAAUAAGGUCUUCAGGUUUUGGUUAAUAGAAAAUUAUUAAAUUGGAUGUUUUAGAAGCUGAAAGCUUGAUCCUGCUCACAUUGAACUCAACAUCAAAACUCCCCUGGAGUUCAGUGGAUGUAGGAUUGGGCCAUACAUAAUUUAGGGUCAAAUUCACCCCUGUGCAGAGAACUUGUAUCAGUGGUAAAUAGUCUUAAGUUUCACUUGAGUCCUCACAAUAGCAUUUGGGCUACCUGUACAUAUAGGUCAAUUUCAUGCUUAUAGGUAGGUUGGUUUUUUUUUUUUAACGUGUUUAGCAGUUGCAUGGAGAGCUGCUGGGUGCUGAGAACUUGAAAAUCUGUUCCUCAAUCCAUAGUGUUUGUGAGUGCUCUAAAACAGUUGCCUUAAAUAGGUUUUGAUUUGCAUAGAAGGCAAUCCCUUUUCCACUCCUGAAGGGAAUUACUUUGUAUGAUAGCUUGUGUAUUUAUUUUUAAUGUUACCUUUUCUUUCUGAAUGAAGAAACUUAUUUUCUCUCAGGAGUCACUAUUCUAAAAAACAAAACUGUAAUUCAGGCAACUUGGGUCUAAUAUUAGAUCUGCAGUAACUAGUGACCUGUGUAAGACCAAGUUGUUCUUUGCACAAAAGCCUUGGGACAGAAGGUGUUUUGCCUGUAUGUGAUGCAAUGUCACAUCAGUAACAAGGAGUCACUACCUUGACAGAGACUUAGGGGAACACAACUUGCUAUUAACAUCUGAACUUGGACACAGCAGACUCUGGCCCUGUAGAACAACUUUGGCAGAGUGGGGAGGAGAGAGCCAGUUGUAGCUCCCAGCUGUACUGGCUUUCUGAUGCCCCCACCAACCAUAUAGCAGGGGAAAUGCAAGAAGGGGGGACACACACACUGCCUGAGCCUGCAAACACUCGAGCAUAUGUGUAACCACUGGCAUGACUAUUCCCAUUGAACAUGAUGGAACUGUCACCAGAGGAAAGUCACUGAUGGCAUUUGUAGGACUGAGCCAAUCCAGUCAUCUGUGCCAUAUUUAGUUGAGCAAUGAUUUACCUUGCUGGGUAGAUUAAAAUAUUAAUCUGAUUUUGAAAUAAUCAGUCUAGUUUUUUAAUGUUACCUCUACAGUCUAAUAAUAUCACAAUACAACAAACAUUUCUAUACUGAAAUUGAGCUUUUUUUUUUUUUUUUACUCUGACAGCCUAAAUUCUGUCCAAGAUACCAUAUCUGUAUUUAUCUGCUCCUUACAUGGAGCAAGUUCUCUCUACUUUAGAUCCUCAAGCUAAAGCAACACUGAGGUCAACCUAAAUGCAAAGGGUUUUUUUGUGCAAUGGAAAAAGACAGUUUACUUCUUGCCAGAAGUUGCACUCAAAUACUAAACACAGGCUAUUGUGGAAAAGGCACAGUUUAUUUAUUUGUUUCAGAAUCACUGAAGUCAAGCCUCAAAUCCUUUCUAACAUCAGUAGUUACACAUUAAGGGCUAGUUCUCCAGUUGAUGCAUAUUUAGUUUUGAUUUCAGUGGAGUGCCACAGAUCUAUACCAGCGGAGGUUCUGGCCAAGAAACUUUAACUUGUACUGACAUGGGAAGCAGAGAAUGUUUCAUGUAUUUUUGGAUCAUUUCAGUUUUAUUAGUUCUGAACGCUAGAGCUGGUUAGAAACUUUAAUUUUAAAAAAUGGACAUUGAUUGACAAACUUUACAUGCCCACCUCUGAACUUUUUUUUUUUUUUUCUGAGCAGAUCUGUAGGAGGGGGACCAACAAAAAAAAAAAAAAAGUCCAACUAAAAAGCUUGCUACUUUCUUCAAGGCUGGGGUGUUUUUUUUUUCUGGGGGGAGUGAAUUCAGGGUUUGGUUUGUGUUUUUUUUUUUUUUUAAACCAGCUCUAUGGAAGAAUUACUAUAGUUUAAUUAAUCCACUUGGGACACCAAGGAGAGAUGAAGGUCCAAAUUUCUGCUGGCAUAAAAGAUGUAGUACUGUUUAAGUUAAUGGACCCAUGCUAGUCAACACCAGCAAAGAAUUUUGCCAGUUACACUUAUGUUGGCAAUUUAGGACACUAAAGCUAAUGUACAAAUGAGUGUGCCCUGUAAUAACACACUGACCCAGCUGGGGAAGUGGGUUAAUAAGAAAAGUCAGUAUUAAAUGUCCUCUCUGGCCUAGUUCUAGUAGUCUGGGAUAAGUGUCAAGCAUAUUGGAAUUUUAAAAUAAAUUAAUACAUUAACUUCUCAGAUUUAAAUACCAGCAAAUACAAGAUUGUCGUCUUUUAAACAAGGCGGAACAGAAACCCUAAUUUGUAUAGUGUUUUCAAGACAACCUGAAUCGGGGGCCUGAUCAAACUCCGAUUGAAUCAAUGGCAAAACAGCCUGUUGUAUUCCACAGGAGUUGGAUCAGACUUUCUGCGAGCAGAUCUCUCACAGUGUAAGUAAUACUGCUCAUCUGUGCAUCAAGUGUCAUUACUUGUAGCUGCUCCCGGAAAGUCAUCAAAAGGCCAUUGCAGUCACUGUGUAACGCAACUAAACUGUAAUGUUAAUGCUUCAAUUUCAUUCCUGUUGUAUAGUGCAUAUUGUUUUAAUAUUUUCAAAUAGAGGAGUAUUGUUUUCAACAGCUGUUUGUUACUUGAUGCAGAGCAAGUUGGGGGAGGGCAGAGGGGUGUUAAUGAAACUUUGCAUGUGUGUGUAGAGGUUGAUAUGGGUUACAGGAUGCAUUAGGUUUGAAUUCUGUUACCCUGACGUACGAUAUUCUUCUGUCUAUACAGGCUCUUUGGCGGGACACUUUUUUUUUUUUCUCUUGUACUUUUGUGAGGUCAACUGAACGCCUACAAAUGAAACACUUUGGUAACUUAAGUUAAGCGAAGAGUAUACGAUGUUGGCGCACACAUUGGCUGAACUGGGUUUGUGGGUUCUUAUAUAGUUGGGAUAGUCUGAGUCUGAUUAUUAGAGCUGGUCAAAAAAAAAAAAUUUGUCAGACACUGAAGAAAAAUGGUAUUUUUUUUCUUUAAAAUGUUUUAAAAUAUUCCUUCCACUCCCUCCUCCACCUUUUUCCUGUUUCUAUUUUGCUACCAGGAAAGGGGGCUAAAAAAGGGGAGGGAAGCAAAUUAUUUAAAUUUGCAAUUUUGAAAAAUUAACAUUUUUGUUAAAAUUUCCCAUUUUUAAGAAAAAAAAACAGCUGGCCUUUUUACCUGCUCUAAUAAUUACAUCAUGCCACUUUGCCUAGUGGAGAUCUAAUUGGUGGUCAUUCCAUUUUCUAAAUCAGAGAGGGAGAGAAAUCUGAUCAAAAACUUAGCAGGGGCAAAUGCAAGUCUGUGGAAGGUUAAGGGCCCUUAACACAGAUUUGUUUACCUACAGAACAAGGCAAAUUAUUGAUAGCUUGUGUAUGUUAAUAGCAACCUGUUUGAGGAGGUUUUUUGGUGCUGAAUGACAGAUUUUAGGAAAGGUAUGAGUGACUUGAAUCUCCCCUUUGGGGACUGAUCCUGCAUUCCUAGGGCAGUCAAAACUCCCACUGCCAUGAGGUUUGGCUGUCCAAGGAAUGCAUUGAUUAGGUCCUUAAGCUACAGGGGAGCAGUGCUUCAAGCUGCCUGCAUUAUCCAGUUGUCUCAGCCAGGAUAUGGAGCACCUGUUUCCAGGGCUGAGAAGGUAUAGUAUGGAGACUGAAUAUUCAAGUCUAUAAGUGAGUGGGUUUUUGUGUGAUGGGUCUUACGUCGCUGGAGGUAUCUGGUAUGCUUUUCUCUCCACUGUUCCUACCACUGUCUUAGCGCAACAUGUGAUAGCAACAACAGGAACACUAAUGUAGACUGGAUGCUGGAGUUUGAACCCUCAUGCUGCCCUGCCCUGCCCUGAGCAGGUUUAAAUGACACAGUGCUUGAAACAGAAGCUGAGCCCAGUACCUUACCUAUGUUAGAGCCCCACUGCUGCUAUCAUUGAUGGAUGUGAGCCAGCAUUAGCAACAAUGAGAGGUGGCUUUAGAGCAGAAAAAAGCCUAUUGUAGGUAAGGGCUUAAUGGCCCUAUUUACAUUGACCAAGGAAAGAGUGUUAGCAGGACAGCUGGGUU